AUGGAGUCCUUUGGGUUACCCACAGCGGGGUUACCUGGGGGAAACCUUCGGGUAGGAUUUUGCGAUCCCAAUUUUUGGGAUGUCCUCGCCGUCGCCUGUCCUUCCCUCCCCGCCGUCGCCUCUCCUUCCCUCCCCGCCGUCGCCUCUCCUUCCCUCCCCACCGUCGCCUCUCCUUCCCUCCCCGCCGUCGCCUCUCGCUCCCUCCCCGCCAUCGCCUCUCCUUCCCUCCCCGCCGCCGCCUCUCCUUCCCUCCCCGCCGUCGCCUCUCCUUCCCUCCCCGCCGUCGCCUGUCCUUCCCUCCCCGCCGCCGCCUCUCCUUCCCUCCCCGCCGUCGCCUCUCCUUCCCUCCCCGCCGUAGCCUCUCCUUCCCUCCCCGCCGCCGCCUCUCCUUCCCUCCCCGCCGUCGCCUCUCCAUCCCUCCCCGCCGUCGCCUCUCCUUCCCUCCCCGCCGUCGCCUGUCCUUCCCUCCCCGCUGUCGCCUCUCCUUCCCUCCCCGCCGCCGCCUCUCCUUCCCUCCCCGCCGUCGCCUCUCCUUCCCUCCCCGCCGUCGCCUCCGGCGACAAGACCUAG